CCUUAAAGGGCCACCGUACGUCAGAGGAAAAACAUGGUGACGUCCUAAAAAAAUAAAAGCUGCGUAAUAAAACAAUCUCACUUAAAGAUAGAGCCAGAUAUUAUGCAUGCUUCGUUUUAUUGUAACGAUUUCCACUUAAACAGAUAAACCACGGUUUUUAAAUUCGUAUUGAGAUCAGUCAAACGUCAUAAACAGUUCUCGACCUCUGUGAUCGUGAAUAUAUUGGUCAAAGGGCACCGAUGGCUUUUAUAUUGAGUUCUGCGUUCAGAAAACAGGCUCUGUUGAUACCGUUCAUAAACGCUGUUAGAGGAAUGUCUUCAUCAGGAGGGCCUACACCCCCUUUCACAACCCUGUCCGUCAGCCGGCCAGCUGAGACUGUUACUCAUGUGGAGAUCUGCCGCCCGGAGAAACGCAAUGCAAUGAACAAGGCAUUCUGGCUUGAAAUGGUUGACUGCUUCAGUCAGAUAGCUGAGGACUCAGAGUGUCGUGUCGUGGUUUUCUCAGGUGCUGGAAAGCUCUUCACUUCAGGUAUUGACCUAAUGGGCAUGGCCAGUGAUAUUCUACAGCCUGAAGGCGAUGACACGGCCAGGAUCUCAUGGAACGUGCGCCGCAUUAUAGCUAAAUACCAAGAGACCUUCUCUGUUAUUGAAAAGUGUCCAAAACCAGUGAUUGUGGCCGUUCAUGGAGCAUGUAUAGGAGGAGGCGUGGACUUAAUCACAGCAUGUGAUAUACGACUGUGUACGCAGGAUGCCUGGUUUCAGGUCAAGGAGGUUGACAUUGGUUUGGCAGCUGAUGUUGGAACUUUGCAACGUCUCCCCAGAGUGAUUGGAAGUCGAAGUCUAGUGAAUGAGUUGGCUUUCACUGCAAGAAAGAUGUACGCUGAUGAAGCCAAGAGCUGUGGACUGGUCAGUCGUGUUUUCCCGGAUAAAGAGACUAUGAUGGCUGGAGCUCUGGAGAUGGCAGGAGAGAUUGCCAGCAAAAGUCCUGUGGCAGUCCAGGGAACUAAAGUCAAUCUCAUUUACUCCAGAGACCACAGUGUUCCAGAGGCCCUGAAUUACAUAAACACCUGGAAUAUGAGCAUGCUUCAAACCCAAGAUUUAAUGAAGUCAGCUCAGGCAGCAAUGGAGAAGAAAAGCCUCAAAAACAUUACUUUCUCUAAGCUCUGAGAGUCUCCUCAACCUUACUUACAAAUAACAGCUUCUUCAAUGAAAACUACCCGCUGAGUUAGAUUUGAUCUUGAUCUUAAUCAACAUGGUUUUUACAGCUAAAUCUCGCUAUUACAUAUUUCAAUUCCAUCUUUACAUUCAGUGAAUAGCAGUUGGUUUGGUGAUAUGUCCUUUUGGGACUCGUUUAGCGAAAAGUAUAACGAAAGUUUGAUUCAAAAUUUUUAUGGGUGCCUUAAUGCUGCCUCACAAAUGUCAGUUAAUUAACCAAAAAAAAAAAAAAUACUUAUUCAGUGCUGAAUGCACACUAAAAACUAAAAAGCUUGAGGUAAAUGGUUUGACUUGACUAUGAUUUGUUUUAUGAUGAAUCAGU